GGGAACGGCGCCACACCACAUUCCCCCGGGAGGUGGGACCGGAAGAGGAGGCUCUUCCGCCACCAUGGCAGCCCGUGGGGUCGUUGGCGUUUUUAUCCUCUCCGCGCUCCCCCUCUUGUGUCUGGAACUACGGCGCGGGAUCCCGGACCUAGGAAUUAAAGAUAUAAUUUUGCUGUGUGGUCGGAUUUUCUUACUGCUUGCUCUUCUUACUUUAAUUAUUUCUGUGACUACUUCAUGGCUUACCUCAUUUAAACCUUCCCAAGUUUAUCUGAAAGAAGAAGAAGAGGAGAAUGAGAAAAGGCAAAAACUUGUGAGAAAAAAACAACAAGAGGCACAGGGUGAAAAGGCCAGCAGAUACAUAGAGAAUGUUCUAAAACCUCACCAAGCAAUGAAAUUGAAAAAACUGGAAGAGCGUUUUUAUCGAAUGACGGGUGAAACCUGGAAGUUGAGCAAUGGUCAUAAACUUGGGGGUGAUGAAGAUUUGGUGCUUGAAAAUAAGAGUGAGACAGCUUUUGAAACAUCAAACAGAAAAGCAGCAAGGAGACGGAAGUUGCCUGAGCCUUCAACCAAAGUUUCACUAUCUGCUGAGCAGCCCGUGCCAGAGCCAGAGGAGGUUCCAGAUUUACCUGAAGAACCUCCUGAAGCAGCUGAAGAAGUAGUUACUGUUGCUCUCCGGUGUCCAAGUGGGAGGGUCCUGAGGAGAAGGUUUUUAAAGUCUUGCAGUUCACAGGCUCUAUUUGACUGGAUGCUGAAAAUUGGGUACCACACAUCCCUAUACAGCCUUUCUACUUCCUUUCCCAGAAGGCCUCUGGAAGUGGAGGGAAGCCUUCACUGCAGGACACUGCAGGACAUAGGAAUAAAUGUGGAUACUGUACUCAAUGUGGAAGAAAAAGAGCCAAGCAACUAAAAAUGAGAACUACCUGUUCUACAUAAAAUCACUUAUGUCAUGACCUUACAGGACCAUAAAGGAUUCACAUUAAAAUCAUGGCAGGUCAACACUUUAAUGUUGCUACUCAUGGGAAUAUAUGGACACGAAGAAUUAGAAGAGGACUUCUGUGUAUAAUAAUUUUUGGAAUGCCAUUUUAUAAUAUAUCCAAUCAACCCUUGGCUGUGUUAAGCUCAGCUGGUUGAAAGUGUCAUCGCAAUAUGCCAAGGCUGCAGGCUUGAUCCCCAGUCAGGGCACAUACAAGAAUCAACCAAUGAAUGCAUAACUAAGUGGACAACAAAUCGAUGUUGCUCUCUCUGUUUCUUUCUCUCCCCACUCCCCUCUAAAAAAUAUCAGAAAAUGAGAAAAAAAAGCCGUAUGACUUCAGUUCCUGCCUCAUCAAUUUUAAUUACACUAUGAAUAUUACACAACUCAGUUAAACUCUUCAUAGUUUUAUAAGUUGGAAUGUUUAUUAUGCUGUUAUUUCUAGAAGUAAAAACUUUUAAAAGAAUAUUCAAAGCUCCUUACAUCUUUAAAGUUCUUUUUGGUAGGUAUGGAUUAAUCUUUACUUAAUGUUCUUAACUAAUGUUUGAGAUUUAUAUGAUUUUGCCUCAAAAUACAGCGUAACAGGCUGUUCACUGUGUGCUAGUCGCUCCCUUUUUCUUUCCCCAUGCUCUGUCUCAGGGGUUGGUCAGC